UACGUGUCAACUGUCAAGCAUAUAUAAUAACAUGCAGAUAUCACACAUCGAUGUGUCCAAAAAUUCUCAACCAUUUCAAUGGCAAGUGGUGACCAUGAGCGCUCCCAAUGCUGCUUCCUGAAAUGGAUGAAUCUCCAAAAGCAGGAGCUCACAGACCUCCACCAAGCCCUAAACCUACACGCCACCGCCACCACCACCACCAACAACGAAAACAAUUUAACCCAACUCGCAGAAAAAUGCAUCAAACACUUCCAAGACUACGCCGUCAAGCGAAGACAACUUGCCCACGUUGACGUUUCUGCUUUCUUUGCACCUUCCUGGUGCACCAACUGGGAAAACUCGCUGCUUUGGGUCGCCGGCUGUAGACCUUCCCAAUAUAUCCGGCUUGUUUAUGCCCUACACGGGUUGGAGAUUGAGGCUCAGCUCAUCCAGUUCCUCGAGGGCAUAGGUCAUAAAUCACACGGAAACCUCGGCGAACUCUCUUCCAAACAAAUACAGCAAAUCAACAGCUUACAAGCGAAGACGAUAAGAGCUGAGGAGAAGCUGACAGCCAAGAUGGCGAGCUUGCAGGAGGACCUGGCGGACCAGCCGAUUCUGGUGAUUGUGAACGAGUUGAGCCAGGUGGGUGAGAUGAACGGGAAAGUGGACAGAGCUCUUGAUAAGCACGAGCAAGAGAUGGUGGGUGUUUUGGAGGAGGCGGAUAGGCUGAGGUUGAGCACGCUGAAGGAGCUGAUAGGGAUAUUAACGCCAACGCAGGCUGUGGAGUUUCUGGCGGCGGGUAAGAAGCUGCACCUGUGCGUGCAUGAGUGGGGUAAAAGUAGGGAUUCGAAGCAUGGUAGGAAAGUAUAAGAAGAUUUCUUAGAUAGAUAUAUGAAUCAUGUAGUACUAUUGAUCAAUAGAUAAAAUGGUGUAUAAUUAAUGUAGUACUCUGUAAA